GAGUAAAGUUCAAAAAUCCGAGAAGCAGGAGCGCCCUUUCAUACGCACGGGUGGAAUUAUUUUCUGAGAGAAGACCACACGGUGGUGGUUUAAUCGGGAACGGGAACGAAAAAGGCAGAAGGGGAACAACAACAAAAAUACCCGGUGCAAUAUUGCUGCCAGGGCAGUGAACGAAUCGCGUCGCAGUGUCAAAGUUUCUAAAUACGAAUACACACACAGAAUACAGUAGUGGUUGCAUUUUGUUUUUCAACCCCAUAUCUGAUUGAUUGAUUGCUUGAUUGACAAGAUGACUAAGAGCGAUAAUGCAAAUCUAUUGAACGACAACAGGCUGGGUACUGGAGGAGCAGCACAGCUGAAAGCCCAGGUUGUGCCCGCCCAACCGAAGACCCUCCAGCAUUUGCCCAAGCGACCGGCAGUGGACUUGGCGUUCCACAACCUGACAUACCGCGUCAAGGAAGGAAACCGCAGCAAUGCCAAAACAAUUCUGAAGGGCGUCAGCGGGCGCCUGCGGUCAGGAGAGCUCACAGCCAUCAUGGGACCAUCCGGCGCUGGCAAGAGUACGCUCCUGAAUAUUUUGUCUGGCUACAAAACCUCGAGCAUCGAAGGAAGCGUCACCAUGAACGGCGCCGAACGCAACCUGAGUGCUUUCCGCAAGUUAUCCGCUUACAUAAUGCAGGAUAAUCAGCUGCACGGAAAUCUAACUGUGCAGGAAGCGAUGACGGUGGCAACGAAUCUAAAGCUCAGCAAAAAGUUCACAAAGCCUGAGAAGAAUUCAAUGAUCGAUGACAUUUUGCUGACUCUGAGCCUGAGCGAGCACCGCAAUACGAUGACUCGCAAUCUGUCAGGCGGCCAGAAGAAGCGUCUAUCCAUUGCCCUGGAGCUGGUCAGCAAUCCACCCAUCAUGUUUUUUGACGAACCCACCUCCGGCCUGGACAGCUCGACCUGUUUCCAGUGCAUUCAUCUCCUGAAAAUGCUGGCCGCAGGUGGACGCACAGUCAUCUGCACCAUCCAUCAGCCUUCCGCUCGUCUGUUCGAGAUGUUCGACCAGUUGUACACUCUCGCGGACGGACAGUGCGUCUACCAGGGCAGCACCAAGCAGCUGGUGCCCUUUCUCUCCACCCUGAACUUGGAGUGCCCCAGCUACCACAACCCGGCAAGCUAUGUCAUUGAGGUUUCUUGCGGGGAGCACGGCGAUCACACUCGCAAACUGGUGGAGGCAAUCGACAAUGGCAAGAGGGACAUCCGUUCCUCCGCGGACUAUGCUGGACUGAAGGCCCGCAAUGAUCUGGUGAAGGUACAAAAUCUGAAGGCCAUCCUGGACAAGAACGAUGCCUCAAACGUCAGCGGAAGCAAGUACGAGGACAAUCUGACCUUAAACAAUGGUUUGCUAAAUGGAAUGGUCAACGAUAUUGUGAAGAACACCAACACUGGGACUGCCGUGGUCAGCACCAAUGAGAAAGGCGAUGCCAUGAUUGACGUGGAGAAGACGGACAACUGUACAACGGCUCUGCUCUCGGAGGAGAUUACAUCGCCGGAGCGGUACCCGACGUCGCAGUUCCAUCAGUUCUGGGUGGUGCUCAAGCGAACUUUGCUUUUCAGCUAUCGCGAUUGGACGCUUAUGUACCUACGAUUGUUUGCUCAUCUUUUGGUUGGUUUUCUGAUUGGAGCCCUCUACUACGACAUUGGCAAUGAUGGAGCCAAGGUGCUCAGCAACCUCGGUUUCUUGUUCUUUAACAUGUUGUUCCUCAUGUACACCUCAAUGACCAUAACGAUUCUAUCAUUCCCACUUGAGAUGCCCGUGCUGUUAAAGGAGAACUUUAAUCGCUGGUAUUCGUUGAAAUCCUACUAUCUGGCUAUAUCAGUGGCUGAUCUACCAUUUCAAGCAAUUUUCUGUGUCAUCUACGUAUCCAUCGUAUAUUACUUCACCUCGCAACCUUGGGAACUGUUCCGGUUCUCGAUGUUCCUGUCGGCCUGCCUACUCAUCUCCUUCGUCGCUCAGUCCGUCGGUCUGGUGGUUGGCGCUGCCAUGAACGUCCAGAAUGGAGUCUUCCUUGCCCCGGUUAUGUCUGUGCCAUUCCUGCUGUUCUCCGGUUUCUUCGUCUCCUUCGACGCUAUACCGGUGUACUUACGUUGGAUCACGUAUCUAUCGUACAUCCGCUACGGCUUCGAGGGCACCGCUCUGGCCACCUACGGCUACGAGCGUGAGAAGCUGCGAUGCUUCCAGACCUAUUGCCAUUUCAAGUCGCCCAUCACGACGCUGGAGGAGCUGGACAUGGUGAACGCGAACUUUACGCUGGACAUUGUGGCCCUUGUCGUGAUCUUUGUGGUGCUGCGCAUUUCAGCGUACCUGUUCUUGCGCUGGAAGCUUAAGACUGUGCGCUAGGUUUUUGUAAAAUUAAAUAUUGAUUUCGGUUCUAAAAGCUUUUUAUGUACCUAAUACCUAUUUAGUUAACAACAAAGCGUUCUGGGUUCUUAA